AAGGCAAGCCGGGGAAGAACGGAAGGUCUUCCUUCUCAGUUCAUUCCACUCUAGCCACCCCCAUUCCUCAUCGAACCCCAAAAUCCCAAUCCGAUUUCUCCCCGGACCCAUCCGAAUCAUUCGGCUCCCUGUCGAAAUCCAUGCUCCCACUCCCACUGAUCGCCGCAAGCUCCCGGAGCAAGAACUCCUCGGUCCAUGGACAAAAACCCUCUUUCGAUUUUCCUACUCCUUGACUCCUGACUCCUGAGUCACGCUGCUCAGAUCUCUACUAUAGUCUACCACCGUGCCGGCGCCUCAAUCCUGCCCGCCGACGCCUCAGUCGCUACAGCGAUUGGUUCCAUCCUACUGAUCUGGAUCCGCCCCUCAUGGCGGGCGAGGAGGCCGCCGAGGGAAGCCGGAGAAGGAGGCGGAUGGAUCUAAACCUCUACCUGGGCCUCCCUCCGUUGCCACGGCCUCCAGGUCGGCUGGGUGCAGCUAUUGAUUGCCCACCGACCAUUCCCGUGGCGGACGCGCCAAGAACGGACGAGCCGGCAGGAUUGCCGGCACCAGAGGAGGUGCCGCCACUGCCCGUGGUAUACUCGCCGUCCAAUGCGCUCUCCACGCCGGAGCUAUCACUGAUAGAUCCGAUGCUCUUUGAUUGGCUUGAUGGCCUGAGUUCCGACAGCGAAGAGCAGGCUUUUGAUGCCGGUGAACCGGCUGUGGCAUUUGAUGCACCACCCUCACUCCACGGUGCCAACGCCUCACCACCACCACUGCCGCCAGCGUCACUGCCGCUUGCUGGGCUGGAAGGGCUUCCCCUUGAAUGUCUGGAAAUGCUUUCUCACCCUGGUCGGUUGGCCCCUACCGGGGGAACAGAGAUGGUCAGCACCAGGGUGUUGAGGCAUUCCGUUGGGGGUGCAAUUGAAGACAUGGCGCCUGAGCUCCGCCUGCAGCGGUUGAUCCAAGUCAGCGAGCAGCACCGCAUUGUGCGGAACCGCAACCAGCGGGCGACCAGUCCAGACGCGGAAAGGCUGGUGCAGGCCAUCCACCAGUCUCAUAGUUCUCUAGAUGCAUUAAGGCGGCAGAAGCUUGACAAGAUGGGAGCUGACAAGAAGGAUGGGAACUGCGGAUGCAGCUCCAGUUUCGAGUGCAAUAUCUGUCUUGAAGCAGCUAAAGAGCCCGUGGUUACACCGUGUGGCCACCUAUUCUGCUGGCCAUGCUUGUACCAGUGGCUCCAUGCACAUUCAGCCCACUCUGAGUGCCCUGUCUGCAAGGGAGAGGUGCUCGAAGUAAACGUCACACCGAUUUAUGGAAGAGGAGGCGAUGAACGAGACGCGUCCAGCAAUGAUGUCCCGCCCAGACCGCGCGCAAACAGGAGCGAGGGCUUGAGGCAGCAGCUGCAAAUGCCAGACACGAGAGGCAUUGCAAGCCUGGUAAGGCGGUUGAUAGAAAACCAGGAUAUAGUGAGCGGCCAGGCACCUCCACCUGUAAGCGGGGUUGAGGUGACUGGGCUUCCUGCAGCCCUGUCAAGGGCUAGGGUUGGGAGACAGCAAAGACGUAAUCUUGCUUCACCCUCGGGCAAUGCUACCCCUGAUAGUGGCAAUCAGGUCCAGUUGCCGUCUUCUAAUUCCAAUAGUGCUGCACCGACAGAUCCUCAGCAGUCAUCAUCUUUCGAGCAGGCGUCGACUUCUAGCACCAUGGCUGUUAUAGUUGGGCAGGCAGCCCAAAGUAGGAGGUCCAGGCCUUCGGAGUCUACAACCACAAGAAGAACAAGGAGGAGGCAGCAGCAGUAGGUAAAAAUUGGCGCUGCCAUUUGCUCCAAUAAAACCUAUAGAUCAUACCCCAUUGUUACCAUGGUUAGCUCUAAAAACAUGUCAAAAUUGUAAUGUAUAUGCUAGCUGUUGCUUGCCCAUGUAUGUACCUUCUUAUUUGCUCCAAUAAAACCUAUAGAUCAUGCCCCAUUGUUACCAUGGUUAGCUCCAAAAACAUAUCAACAUUAUAAGGAAUGUAUAUGCUAGCUGUUGCUUGCUCAUGUAUCAUGUAUGUACCUUCUUAUUUGAUCAAAUAAAACUUAUAUAUCUUGCCCCA